AAAGCUCUGCGGAGGAAUGCCUGAAUUUAAGCUUCCCGAGUGCGCCUCUCGAAACUCCAAAAGCAGAGCAAGAGUCCACAAGUUGAAACUUACCAUUGCCGUUGUUUUUGGUCUUCUUGGAAUAACUCUCGUUGUCACUUUCCCGUGUCUAUGUUGGUUGAAGCAGAAAAGAAACGAGCCGCAUUCAAGCUUGUUAGAUGAUUCAUUGUUAAAUCUUUCUUAUGGGACACUUCUAAAAGCAACCGAUGGUUUUUCUGCGACUAAUCCGAUUGGGGCUGGAAGUUUUGGGUCCGUCUACAAGGGGUUGCUCCAGGAGAAUGGAACUGUCAUUGCGGUGAAGGUGCUUAAUUUAACGCGGCAUGGCGCUCUCAAGAGCUUUAAAGCCGAGUGCGAGGCUUUGAAGCGUGUAAGACACCGAAAUCUUUUGAAAGUUUUGACGGCGUGCUCGGGCACCGAUUAUAAGGGUGAUGAGUUCAAGGCUUUAGUUUACGAGUUCAUGGUCAAUGGCAGCCUACAAGAGUGGUUGCAUCCUAACCCAGCUCCAAAUGAUGCAGAUGGGCAUUCGAAGAAAUUGAGUCUCGUCCAAAGGAUAGACAUUUCCAUUGAUGUUGCUUCCGCAUUGGAUUAUCUCCAUAAUCAAUGUGAGAGCCCAAUAAUUCAUUGUGAUCUAAAGCCAAGCAAUGUCCUUGUAGAUGCUGACAUGGUUGGACAUGUUGGUGACUUUGGGUUGGCGAAGAUCGUCCUCGAAUCCACAUCCGACACUAAAGCAAACAUGAGUUCUACUGGUUUAAGAGGAACAGUUGGUUAUGCAGCUCCAGAAUAUGCUAAUGGAAGCCAGAUCUCAAGAGAAGGUGAUGUUUAUAGUUACGGCGCCCUCUUGUUAGAGAUGUUCACAGGAUUAAGUCCCACUAGCGACAUGUUCAGAGAUAAUUUGAAUCUUCAUAAUUAUGUUUAUGAGGCUGUACCUCAACGAGUUGUGGAGAUUACCGAUCCCGUGUUGCUUUACGAAGGAGAGAGCCACAACAGUUCCCAAAAUUCGCUUCAGGAAAGAAACCUCGUAGUUCAAGAAUGUCUGGAAACAAUAUAUCGAGUUGGACUUGCUUGCUCUGUGGAGGAGCCUAGAGAACGCAUGAGCAUUGACAAAGUUGCAACCCACCUGCACUCGAUCAGGAGGAAACUCUUUGCAUCUUCUUUACUUAGAUAGGCGAGACACGAAUAGGUGACAUCGUAAGUGGCAAGUUCCUCAUUUCCUGUAAUGAAUCUCUCUAGAGCUUUUUGCGAAUGAAAGAGGAAAGGACGAAUGUUGACUUUCCUCAUUUUCUUGUGAAUCCAAGAGUGAGUUUUGUCUCGACAUUCCUACUUUAAAGGAUUAGCCAUCAAUUCCCACUUUCUAACAUUUCUUUUUGCCAGAAUGACAUU